UGUUUCUUUCGUUCUUCCGCGGCUUUUGGUUGAUUAUAUCAAAAUCCAAAUGGAACAGAGAAAAUAUAAGUUCGUGGGUCGUUUUCAAAUGGUGGUUGGAAUCUUAGGUCGAGAGAUCAAAGCAGCCCAAAAAGUAAAAAAAAUAUUUGGAGCUACCAAUUCUCAGUUUGGGUUUUUACUAGUUCUGAGAUCUUGGGUUAGAUAUCUCAUCUGAUUCUCACCAUAAAAUUUCUCUCUCUGUCUCUCUCUCUGUCUCUUUCUCUCUCCCUCUCUACAACUGUAAAUGCUGUUGGGUUUUAGCUGCGAGUUCCGGCAAUGGCGAGACGUCAUGGAUGGCAGCUCCCUGCUCACACAUUUCAGGUUGUAGCUAUAACGGUAUUUUUCUUGCUAGUAGUUGCAUUCUAUGCCUUUUUUGCUCCAUUUCUCGGAAAGAAUUUAUACGAAUAUGUGGCGAUAGCUGUGUAUACUCCUGCGGCACUUGCUGUGUUUUUUCUCUAUGCCAGAUGCACAGCUAUCGAUCCUGCUGAUCCUGGAAUAUUAAUUGAUCAUGUCUAUAGAUCACGUGACGCCGCUGAUUUGCCUGGGGAUGCGGCUUCUCUUGGGGAACCAAGCAAGGUAGAGUUGAAUGCAGUAGAUGAAUCCGCUGAGCAUAGUUCAUCUUUCUGUUCAAGUGUCGGGAGCUUCUUUUGUUGUUGUCUGGUUAGAGGUGAUUGCUGUGGUGAUGAAGAUACUAGCCAUCAACAAGGCAGUGAUGGAGAUGCUUUGUUCUGCACAUUGUGCAAUGCAGAGGUGCGUAAAUUCAGCAAACAUUGCAGAAGCUGUGACAAAUGCGUCGACAGAUUCGAUCAUCAUUGUCGUUGGUUGAAUAAUUGCGUGGGGAGGAAAAAUUACAUUACAUUUCUUUUCCUUAUGGCUGCAAGCCUUGUCUGGCUUGUGAUUGAAUGUGGGGUCGGGAUAGCAGUCUUUGUACGCUGCUUUGUUGAUAGAAAGGGUACUGAAAAUCAGAUCAGUGAUAAGCUUGGAGAAGGGUUCACCCGUGCUCCAUUUGCUACUGUGGUGGCCCUAUGCACGGCCGUCUCUUUGCUGGCUUGUCUUCCUUUGGGAGAACUAUUUUUCUUCCAUCUGAUAUUGAUUAGAAAGGGGAUUACGACAUAUGAGUAUGUCGUUGCUAUGAGAACACAAAGUGAGCCACCUGGGCCAUCUGUUAAUGAGGACCCACAAAGUCUGCCAUCUUCACCAAUCAGCUCAGUUGCCACUGGUAUGAGUGGAGGAAGUUCCCUGGGGUUGCAGUAUAAAGGUGCUUGGUGCACACCUCCAAGAAUUUUUGUGGACCAUCAGGAUGAAGUACUUUCACAUUUGGGGCCCGGACAUGUACCGUCAACAGUUGAUCCAGACACUGCCGAAGCAUUCGAAAGAGGGAAAAGAUUACCAAAACGUCCAGUCAGAAUCAGCGCCUGGAAGCUUGCAAAGUUGGAUACGAAUGAGGCAAUGAGGGCAGCAGCUAAAGCUAGAGCAUCAUCGUCCGUGCUACGGCCCAUCAAUUCCCGUCAUCAAUAUGAUUCUGAUCACGGCUCAAGUGGAAAUAUAAGCACCAGAAGCAGUGUUGUCAGUACAGAAGUCGCAUUCAACAAAGACGCUAGAUUGAAAUCAUCUCCCAUGAAGAGUUCUUACCCACCGAGUCGUGCAAGCAGGGAUGAUCUUGAAACGUGCAAUCACAGCUUAAGUAGUUUCAGCAGUCCCCGUCACAUAAACAAUUCAGUUGGUGUCAGUCCAUUGGAGCAGCUUCCUUCAAAUAUUGAUAACUUCAACCCAAUAUAUCAAUCAUCUGCUGAUCAAUCUCCAUGGUCUGUAAAAACAAAUGGUGCGAGCCAGAAUGCUGUUGCCAGUAGUGUAGACUGUGCCCCAGUUGGAAGAAACAGCACUGUUAUUUCAGAGAACCUGAGAUCUUCAGUAUUUUGGGAUCAAGAAGCGGGCCGCUUUAUGUCACUGUCUGCUCCAAGAAAUAACAGUCACGGAUUAGGAAACCGCAUUGGGUUUUCUUCUCAAGUUGCUGAACCGGACCUUUUGUACAUGGGCCAGUCAAUAUUCUUUGGUGGGCCUAUUUUAAAUGAAGGGUCAGCGAGGAGUUCAAGAAAUGGUGGCCCAUCAAUGCCCACUUUGGAUAGAGCAUCUACUUCGAAUGAUCAGAGAGGUGAGACUGUGAGUGGAAGAGGAUCAAAUCAGCUUCCCGUGUUUGUUCCAAGGGAUUCUCAGAUAAAUUAGUUCUCUAGAUUGCCUUGAGCCUUUUCAUUUGUUCCUAACAUGGCUUCUUUCAUGUGGAAUCAUCUGAACCAUCCAUUGUCAUGGAGGAAUGGGACAGAGAGGUAUUGUUAGUUUCAGUCCAAUAUUUUUCUCUAGUCAUUUUCUUUUUUCUUUUCCCUGGCCAUUUCAUUUUUCUCCAUCUGUAAUCUUGAGAUGCAUCUUUAAUGGAAGUGCACGUUCCUUGUUCA